UAUAUGGCACCACCACAGUAAUGCCAUUCACCCAGAAAGUGAAGCCACUUUCAAAAAAUCUGUUUACAACCUUUAAUGCGGUUUUAUUAAAACCUUUUUUCCGAAAUUAUGGACGUUUUACGAAAGAAACUAGAGUCCUGUCUGGACAUAUUGGACCGCAGGACCAAGGGCAACAACAUCAAGGACUCGAGCUGGCUAAAUGAUUUCUGUGCCGCGCUAUUGGAAUUUUCCACAUUGGUCCACAGUUCCUUAAGCAGCCACAAGCAGAGUGAGACCGCGGACAUGGUGUGCCUAUGCCUGAGCCAAAUAAUGAUAUGCAUUCGGCAGGUGGAGGCGAUGGCGAAGCUUGGUUGCAGCACCUCCAUUUCUGCCAGCCAUCAGUAUUUCCUCGAUAGGAUUCGAUGGUGCCUCGAGCGUCUGCUAGAGCUCUACACCAAUGGAGGCGCGGCUUCAAUUGCGCCUGAGCGCUCCUUCCUUAAGCUAGUAGAUUCAAGCUUAGACGCAUUGGCGUGGUUCAGUUCCCACGACGAGAACAGCUCUUUAUCCUCAAGCCUCUUGGAGUCGCCCGAGGAAAUAGUGUCCGUCAGCAAACAGCUGCGUUCCAAUAUAGAUACUGUCUUGGGACAAGCACUCGGCUUCGCGAACGUAUCCCUACCGCAGGAUAAAAGGGCUCUAAGUGCCCUAUGUCAAAAGGUUAUUCGGGAGUGCAAUGCUUUCCAGAAGGAGUGCCACCAUCCGAAAGACUCCAGCGAAAGUUAUUACUCCAAUCUCAAGCUCAAAGCCAUGACGUUGGAGCAGGCGCUCUGCCAGUUGGAGGAUUUCAUCAACGACGCCCUUUUGCGGCUGGUAUUCAACUGCUUUGUGGACUUCGACAAGUUCUCGGUGGAAAAGAUUCGCAACGUUCUCAGAAACAGCUUGGAGGACGAAGCAAUGGCCGAUGAAUUCAUAGCAGACUUUGAUGUGAACAUCGAUCGUGCUACCCAGAUCGGAAUAUUCGCAAUAGCUUUCGCUCCGAAUCUGAAAUUGAAAACAAUGAUACGCAGCUGUCUGGCGUCGUUUGAAUCCUUGGACACUGCCCUGAUACCUUCCCUUCAGGCCAAUGGCACGGACCUGCAUUCUGACAUACUUGAACAGCACUUCAACGAGGAAGUGAGCAAGUUUAAGAGUGCUCUGCAGGAGAUAAUCGAUAGUCGAGCCCUUCUUGGAUGUUAUAUUGAGAUUCUGACGACUGAAAUUGCUUCCGUUGAAAAAUCGUACAAUAAAGAAAAGCUGCAGGAUCUGUCACAAAUGUCUCUCGUGCUGCUUGAGCACUUUCAGUUAGACGUCAACCGCAAAGUCCUUACAGACACGAAGGAUCAAAAGGGAGAGGAGUACUUUCAGCAGCUUAUCAGGAUUCUGCGCGAAUGCAAGGCUAUUCUAAUAUGCGCAUCCCAAGUAGAACCCCAACGAAUUAUAAAACGCUUCAAGAUCCUGCGCACUGUUCUGCGCAAGCUUCAGAACUGCAUUGGAUCUGGCAAGCAGCGCGAGGAUGACUUCCCUCAUCCCUUGGGAGUCCACAUAGCGGAUGAUCCAAAAGAUAACGGCUCCAAGGAAGACCUAAAGCACUUAUCUGGAUUAACUUCAGAACAAACCAGUAUUCUUUAUGUCACGGAGCGCAGAGGGCGAAUGAAUAAAAACAAUGACAUUAAUCUAGAACCGAAUAACGACAUUAAGCAACAAAAGCUGAAGCCAAAUGGAAAUCUGUGCAAAAGGGAGAGCUUGAGAACUGUGAUGUUUAAGCGCCAAAAUGUUGCGGAGAGCAGAAAGCUCUAUAACUCUAUCAGCAGUCAGUCGGCAGAUCUGGAAAUCACUGAUAUACUUGAUCAGCUUACUGGAAUGUCCAACGGCUAUUUUGAAUGCUGAAACGGUCCUAAUAUUUGUACAUAACAUUUAAUCUUACCAUUUAAUUUAAAAAGUCUUGCAAUUUUAGAAUUUAAAAUAACGUAUACUGCCACCACCUGAAUGUCAAAGGGCGGCAAGGUAGACAAACAUACACACAAUCAUGUGUGGCAGCGCGGUGGCGGAGAGUUAUCAUCCGGAACAGUUUUGACUGUUAAAAAAUAAAGGAAUAAGUUCAAUAAAAUACAUAGUAUCAAGUACACACA